CAGUAGCGUGCGUCAGCUGAUGCGUAGCGUCACGUAAUGAGUGCGGGCGGAGGGAGGCUGGUCCUCGGUCUGUCUGAGCUCCUAGCUGCAGCUCUCAUUCAGCAGCUUCCUGCCCGCUGCUUGCUCCUGACAAACGCCUCUUUCUCAUCACUGAUCAUGUGCCUCGCUCUCUCCCUGUCAGGAAGUUCGCCUUGUUUUCUCCCCCCUGCUUUUCCUUUCUCCCUCUUCUUGACAGCACCACGCACAGCCCCGUUUUCCACUUGUUUGCUGCGGCUCUCACCUCUCCUCUGCCGGGCGUGAGAGCCGAGAGAGACCGGCGGCGAACACCGGCAGAGGCCCCCCCCCCGACCCGGCUCCCAGGUCAUGGAGGCCCCGCUGAAGGAGAAGGAGCCGUCGCCGAUGGACAAGUCCAUGCCUCCGCCUACCUUGAGCCCGGCUGUACCCCCCUACGUCACUCUGGGCCUGACGGUGGUGUACACCGUCUUCUACUCCCUCCUCUUCAUCUUCAUCUACGUCCAGCUCUGGCUGGUCCUGCGGUACCGGCACAAGCGCUUCAGCUACCAGACCGUCUUCCUGUCCCUGUGCCUGCUGUGGUCGGCCCUGCGCACCGUGCUCUUCUCCUUCUACUUCAAAAACUUUGUCACAGCCAACACUUUGGGGCCAUUUCCCUUCUGGCUGCUCUACUGUUUCCCUGUCUGCCUCCAGUUCUUCACUCUCAGCCUCAUGAACCUUUACUUUGCACAGGUUGUUUUCAAGGCAAAGUCGAAAUAUGCACCAGAGCUUGUCAAAUACAGGCUGCCAUUGUACCUGGUCUUCCUGUUUUUCAGCCUGGUGUUUUUAGUUGUAAAUUUAGUAUGUGCCCUGCUGGUGAGGAUGUCCUCUGCUGAAGCCCACACCAUCGUGCUCGUCAGGGUUGCAAUCAACGACUCGCUUUUUGUCCUGUGUGCCAUCUCGCUCUCCCUGUGUCUUUACAAGAUCGCCAAGAUGUCACUGGCCAACAUUUACCUGGAAUCCAAGGGGACGUCGGUGUGCCAGGUGACGGUUAUAGGAGCCAUUGUCAUCCUCCUGUACACGUCCAGGGCCUGCUACAAUCUGGUCGUCCUGGGACUCUCAAACAAGAGUAUUAACUCCUUUGACUACGACUGGUACAACGUUUCAGAUCAGGCAGACUUACAGUCGACUCUGGGCGACACCGGCUACAUCGUCUUUGGAGUGAUCUUGUUCGUGUGGGAGUUGCUCCCCACUUCCCUCGUAGUGUUCUUCUUCAGAGUGCGGCAGCCCAACCAAGACAGGAGUGGUUCUGGGCUUCCUGGUCACGUCUUCUCCUCUAGGUCUUAUUUCUUCGACAACCCGCGGCGUUAUGACAGUGACGACGACCUGGCGUGGAGCGUCAUGCCUCAGAACAUCCAAGCCAGUCUGGCUGCUGACAGCUACGAGUGGGGGAGCCAAAGCAGCGGCAUCGGUGCCUACAUCGGAGGAGACGACAGUUACCACCUCCCUCCUCCUCCAGAGGAGCUCAGCAAUUACUGACCAGAGUUCACAGUGACUCCUGCUGACCUGUGGCAUUGUUUUUAUAUAUGUAUAUUUUUGCACAGUCUCUCUUGUAACCGAGGCACAUGGGGGUGAAAGCCUUCCUCUACUCAAUACAUAUACUUUUCUACUUUGUCUAGAGAAGAACUAACAGAUUUUUCUCUCUGCCAGUAUAUGAAAGCCCACUAGUGGGACAUUCAUUUUGCACACUCCUUGUACAAACUAUAAUCUAAUUUUGAGUGCUCUUAAACAUUUCCAUUGUAUAGUUUAUACUGAAUACUGCUUAAUAUAUUUCCUGACUUUUGUGAUAUGUACUGUAUGACUAUUUUAUGUACUAUGAUCUUUUUCAUACCGAUGUUGUUUAUAUAGAUGAGAUAUUCAUUUAAUUCAUAUUAAAAAAGUUUAAAUGCUGUGAAAA